CGUUCCAAAUUCAGUAAACACAAUAUCAUUUUAUUGGCUACAUGUGGUAUUGGCCAUUUCGUCUUUCACUUAUUUGGUGCGGGAAUCGAUGAUUUUUAAUAAAGUACACGUCGGGAAAAUCUUUAGCAGUUUAGCUGUUAUCAAUUUUUAUGCUUAUUUAGUUCACAGUUUUGUAGGCUUAUCAAGGUUUUAUUUUAACAAUCCCAGUUUGGGCCAAUAUCUGCAAGACUAAUUAAUUAGCUACUUAAAUAAGUAUGGGACAAUAACGCUAUAUUCGGCAUAUUAAAAGUAUGAUCUGGUUAUACAUUCACGAAAACUUUCUCAGCUGCCGAGACUGGCUCUGACGUAUUCUACCGCUAAUUCAGAGGAGGUUUUAUUGGAAAUUUCUACCGUUGUCGUUGAACCGUCUUCAUCCAUUUUCAUGUUCAGAACUAACCGAAGAUGCGAUUAAGCAAUAUCUCAGAGUUUGUGGCUGCUAACCAAAGUAAUCAGACAUCAUUCAAAACAGAGAAAAACGAACUUUGGUACACAAGAGCUGUUCUAACCAUUCUAAUUAUUAUCCUCUCCACGUUGGGCAACCUUAUGGUUUUGGCUGCGAUGUGGAUCGAGAAAAGAUUCCGUCAACCAAAUAAAUAUUUUAUUGCUUGUCUAGCUUCUGCCGAUCUUUUGAACGCCGUUUUCUAUAAUCCAUUUGUCUUAUACGAACAUAUCAGUGAAACAGGUAUUACCUCGAUUCAUCUUUGCCGAUUCUUCAUGUGGAUUAACAUAUUUGCUGAAUCAGCCUCGAUUAAUACCCUGACGUGGAUAAGUUAUGAUCGAUACCUUAAAAUCAGCAAACCGCUGCAGUAUAACGUACUUAUGACAACCCAGAAGUCAUUGAUUGUGAUAACUAUAAUUUGGACUAUUUCGACUGCGUAUGGUACAUUUGGGAUGUUUGCUUAUAGUGGAAGCCGUGGCAUCUAUAUCUCAUCUCAGGGGUGUGCGAUUCAGAAUCCAAUUUUUUUCACAGUCUCAGCGAUAUCGGCGUUUUUCCUUCCUACCGUGAUAACACUGAUAAUGUACACUCGUAUACUCUUCAUUGCUCACAGGCGUCGGAAAAGAGCAAAUGUUUUUUUGGGCGAGUAUCACGUUAAAAACCAUCGGAAUUCUCUCCAUGAAGAUAUUAGGAAUAUCCGUAUGAUGGCCAUUGUUGUCGGGGCUUUUAUCUUCUGCUGGGGCCCUUUCUUUGUUCUCACAUUUUUUUCUGUAAACAAAGUACGGCCGCUUGAAUACGCGUUGGAGUACGACAUAAUUGUUGUUGUAACGAGACACAUUCUCCCGCCAUUAAACAGCAUAUGCAACCCGAUCAUUUACGCUUGUUUUGACCAAAAGUACAGAGAGGCUUUUAAACAUCUUGUCAACAGAAUCCUGUGUCGCUGA